AUGAUAAACUUCUCGUUUGAAAAGUUGUGGGAAGAAAUGGAGACCAAUAUCCCAUUUGUCAUGGAGAUUCUAAAUGCAAUCACUGGUGUUGAAGGAUGUAAAGCGAAGCAAGACCUACGAGCAAAGUACGGGUUUCUAUAUUCCAUUCUAAUGAAUGUACGUUGGCAUGAACUAAGUCUGAUUCAGCGAUUGAACACGCUUUGCUUAAUUGAAGGUGGCUGCUCAAAACAGGUAAAUUUUUUAUUAAUAUGUGUUUACGUUUCACUUUUCAAAAUGAUACAAUGUUCAUGGAUAUCUACUUGGCCUUAACUUUACCAAACGCAUACUACAGAAAAUUGAUUGUAUAUAGUUCUGUCAUAUAUACAACUACGUGCACGUGACUAUAUGCUAUAUGCAAAGACCAUUGAAAUCAACACAAGUGACAAGUGUACAGCUUAAUAUAUUCAGGUUGUAAUAGCACAGUGAUGUCUAUACGGUUUAUUUUAAUUUAAUUUCCUAAACAGUCAACUAAUAUAAAGGCGAAAAGCAAAGUAAAAGUGUGUUUUAUUUAUGUGUGCAUGAAAUUUGAAAAUCAUUCCAAAAUUUACGCAGCCGAGUCAGCUUGCAAUGUCAGGUGCAUCUAUUGUCUUAUUUGUUUGUUUUGGUCGUGUUUGUUUUUAACAGGUAAAAACUUUUUAACAGAGUAUGAACAGAGCCAUAGGUCUCAAUUUGGUUGUCAUAAUUAGCUGCACGAGUCUGCAUAAACAAAAUCAUUUGAGAUGCUAAUCAGUUUCCCUUCUUAUAAAACACGACAAAUUUAGGUAUUAAGAAACUGUAAAAUUCAGCCAUUAUGCGCUCUUUAUUCUUACUUUUUCCUUCAUCUGUAUAAUUUACAGUAAUAUGGCUGAUGUAUAAAUAGAGUAUCAACAUAAAGACCAAAUAGAAACUAGGCUUAUUAAAGUAGUGCAUUGCCAUAAUUUGCAACAUUGUUGUCAAUUAUAAUUUGUAAUAAAAGGUUUCUCUUCUAGACUGUAUAGUUACAACAUCGCCUGAAUAAGCUUGGUGUUUGCCUGUCCCAUAGCAGACGCACUACUUUACUCACGUUACUGGGUGGUCAUUUCCUUGACAAGACAGUGGAGAAGCUUAUAAGAGUGGGAAGACUUUUCGUGGUACGGGAGAUAACUGGGACAAAAGAAUUUUGA